CCGUUCGCGGUUGGGGAAGACUUGUGGCCCCUGGGGCGACUGGUCUUACCUGUUUUGUGCAGUGAAGGGGGGAGGGGCGGCAUAUUUGUCGGUUUACUCAACGUAGAACAGCUGUCAUUGCCCAAACAACUCACGUCGGCACGUUACUUUUCGGACCACCAACGGAAACCGUCAAAGUUGUCCACCAUGAGAAGUGGGUAAGACCUGAGGAAAAAGUCGUCUGCUCUCUGACAGGAAAUUUGACACCAAUUGUCGUCUGACAGAAGGUGUGACAACGGGGAUUCGACAACUUGUUUUCACUCUGGGUGGGAACUUUUAUUAGCAGCUGCAGAGAAAAAAACAUCAGCCGACUUAUGAGAAAGACAUGGAUGUAAACCAGAGAGGACUCAUCUGCCCAGUUUGUAAUGACCAGUUCAAGUCGCCCCUCACCCUCCCCUGCCUCCACUCCGUCUGCCGGAAGUGCGCGGAGGAAAUUCUCGUGUCUCGCGAGAACGAGAGGAACGUCACUUCCGGAAGGUACACACCUGUUAGCGAACCCCGGAGUGUCUUGAAGUGCCCAGCCUGUAAGAAAGAAGUACCUCUGGACUCCCGGGGUCUGGACGGGCUGACCGAAAACUUCAUCCUGAGGAAUAUCAUCGACUCCAUGCAAGAAGCCAAAGAGUAUUCCGAACUUGACGAUGACCUUGGCGUCCAGUGUGAUGUUUGUCAGGAGGAACCCCCAAACCUCGCCACCAAAACCUGCGUGAAGUGCGAACUCUGUUACUGCGAGGAGUGUCUAAACUUGACCCAUCCACCGGGGCGCCCCCUGACGGGGCACCAGCUCAUCGCACCCACACGUGACCCAAAGUCAAACAUCGUGAGAUGUCAGGAGCACAACGAGAUCAUAUCCCUGUACUGUGAGGAUGACGACACAGUGGUGUGUCCCACAUGUCAUGCGCGCAGCCACAAAGGUCACAAGGUUAUCCCAACGGACGAAAAAUACCGUCAAAUGAAGGCUGCCCUGAAGGACAGUGUGAAAAGCCUGGUGAACGUGAACAGUACGUACGUCCAGCACAUCGGGAAACUGCGCUCUGUUUGUGACGGGAUCCAGGGCCAUUUUGACAAGCAGGAAGGUUCGGUUAAGAAGGAGUUCUCCGAUGUGAAGGCACUGGUUCAGAAGAAGGAGAAGGACAUGCUGACCACGAUAGAGAAGGAGAGGCGGGAGAAGGUUGAGGUCCGUCAGCAGCAGAUAGACCACUACAGGCGGACGUUAGAAAACACCACCGCGGCCGUCAGCUUCGCACAGGAGGCUCUGAGAGAGCGGGGACAGGCGUCGUUUUUACAGAAAGCCAACAUGAUCGACAAGAAAGUGAAGUCAGCACUGGAUUCAGCUCCACCAAUACAAGACACUGAGCUGACGGAAAUGCCCGACAACCUUUUCGAGGCGAACCUUGAUCUUGCCGACAUCGCUUCUGUCAUAAACAACAAGGCGUCAGUAUCAAAAGCCCCGCCACCACCGGAAAUACGCAAGAGCCAGUGCAUUGUGGGAGAGUCUUCCAUCUCCAUCCGGUGGCAUGUGCCCGACCCCUCGGUCUACAAGGACUACCAGGUACAAUACUCAACCUUGCCGGAUGUCGUGCGUAGCACGUCCCGUACCUCGGAGCGCCUGGCGGUGUUAGAGUCCCUCUCCCCCGGCACCACGUACACCUGCACGGUACGGGCCAGGGACAAGGACGGCACCAUCCACUGCAGCAAACCCGUGGACUUCAAAACUAAGGAACCAGUCGCUACUAGAGUAGUUAAAGCUACUACGUCAGAAGCUACGUCAUCUUCGGCUGCUCGGCUUGCAUCGUCACGCGAAGCUACGUCAUCUUCGGCUGCUCGGCCUGUAUCGUCACGCGAAGAUUCGCUUGCUCCGCCGAGCGAAGUGGCGUCCUCUCCGGAUGCCCAGCUUACUAGUACUUCUUCAGGCGAAGCGUCGUCCUCUUUAGCUGCUCGGAAAUAUUCGUCAGGCAAAGCUACACCAUCUUCGGCUGCUCGGCUUGCUUCGUCAGCCGAACCUAGCUCGGUGUCAACGCCAGUUAGCUCGGUAGAAAACGACGCCCAAAUGACAAAGGAAGAAAAGCACGAGAAUAAAGUUGAAAGUCUGUUGGCAACCAAAGAAAAACGCACCUCUCGAGUCAUGGACUUGGUGGAUGGAUUUGAAAAUCAGACCAUAACUAAUGCAGAAACGACAGAAAACGACGAAUCUACGAAAGACAUACCUGUGGAGAAACCGCCCUCCUCUGUGACACGUCAACCCUCGGCACGGCGCACCUCUGCUCAACGGGAGGAGAAAACUCCCGAACCCUCCCCUCCCAAAAAAGUGGAACCUUCCAAACCCUCUCGGAAGGUGGAGGCGCCUAAACCGAACCCUCCGGCCAUUCCUGCAAGGACCAGGUCGUUUUCCAAGCCACCCCCUCCCCAAAGGACCAUGUCCCCGCCCCUCAAGGAAGAUGUACGCAAACCCCCUCCUGCGCCAAGACAUCCCGACCCCCCUCAACCGGAAAUCAAGGGGAAAACAGAACCGAAAGUGGUCGUUGAGGAUCCCAACGCCCCGGCCAGGGUGACGUCAUUCCUGACGGAUCUGGAAGUGAGAGGUCUCGCCGACGCCAAGUUCACCUGCGCCAUCACGAGACCCGCCAGCGAAGUGCAGGCCAAGUGGUCAUGUGACGACAACGUGAUCACGCCAAGUUCAAAGUACGAGAUGACACACGAAGGCAAGACCCUGACCCUGAUCGUGCACAACGUCCAGUCAUCUGACACUGGGGAGUAUGCGUGUGAAGUGGAUGAUAGCAAAACAUGUGCCCAACUCUCCAUAAAAGAACCAGCAUUGCCAGCCAUCAACAUCCAAAAAUGUGAAGUGGAGGACAAUGCCAUUAUUGUCAGGUGGAAUGUGCCGGAGGAUGAGAAAUAUGACAAUUUCCAGCUUCUGUAUUCCAAGUCAUUCCAGAGCGUGGGAAACCGGUUUUUGGAGAGCUCCAUCUUUAAGACAGUGAACAACAUCAAGGAAACGGAGUGCAAAGUGCUCGGCCUGUCCCCAGACUCUCACUACAGGUUCUAUGUACGUUCAACAACCGAGUGGGGCCUUAGUCAGCGGAGCAGUGGGGUACUCUUAAGGACACUCAAGAAAGUGCCGCCGCCAUCUUUCUACAGGCAGCUUAUCAGCUUGUCUGUCUCCGAGAAAGAUUCCGCAAGAUUCUCAUGUGAACUUUCGAGACCUGUGCCUGUCAAAUGGCUGAAGAACGAUAAACCUAUACCAGAGGAUCCGCGCUUUAAGGUCGAAGUUGAUCGCAGACGACACGUCUUGACAAUCACUGACAUCAAGGCAGAUGAUGCGGGAGAAUACUCUUGUGACACAGGGAGCACAAGGUCAUCAGCUUCGCUGAAGGUCAAAGCUGAGCCUGCCACAUUCAUAAAGCCGCUAAAGGACGUGGAGGUAGUGCGUCAUGGCAAGGCGACACUUGAAUGUGAGGUGUCGAGGGACGACGCCAAGGUCCGCUGGCUGAAGAGCGGCAUGGACGUCCUACAGAACACCAAACACGACCUUAAACAAAAUGGCUGCCUCCAUCAGCUGAUUAUCAGUGACGUCAGAUUGGACGAUGCAUCGGAGUACGCGUGCGAGGUGGUCCAAGGGAAUGGCUCCCCCACUGGGGUCAGGAGUACAGCCAAACUGAAGAUCAGAGCCAUAAAUCACUCAGUCCCAGGCACGCCUGAGAUCAUCGCGGAUGAGAGCACGGUAACGCCCAACUCCGUAACCCUGGUGUGGAAGGACCCGGACCCGUCCAACGGUGACGUGUACCACGUGCUGUACGCCAAGUUCUACGGACAGAGUUCGGGAAGAUAUAAGACAAUCUCCGGAGUUAAAGAACGCCAGUGCACCGUGAGUAACCUUGAACCAGACACUAAGUACAAGUUCUACGUGCGAGCAGUGGACAAGGCUGGCAUCAGCAGGGGCGUGGUCAUAGCCACGUCACCGCCAGACGAUGGAGGAGUCCAGUUUCAGAAGAUUCUUCGUGACGAAGAGGUGUUCUCCAAGGAGACUGCGACCUUCGAGUGCCAGCUGUCCGCUCCUAACGCCGAAGUGAAGUGGUUACGUAACAGCGUCCAGAUUCACAGUAGCGGGAAAUACAAGAUAGAGGAGGAUGGGAAUCGGAUGACACACAGGUUGAUUGUAAACAACUGUGGCAAAGAGGACGUGGCUGAGUACACCUGCCAGUGUGGCAUCAACAAAACAACUGCCAGUCUACGUGUCAAAGAAUCACAAGGCCCAGAGAUUCUGUCCGACAAGUGUAAGAUAGAAAGCGACUCUAUCACCCUUUACUGGACCACUCCCACCCUCAGCACGUUCCGUACGUACCAAGUCCUGUACGCCACCAGUUUCGGACCCAACGUCACCGAUAACUACGACUACCAGACCCUGUCGGACAUCCGCACCACGUUCUGCCGUAUCCCCGCCCUACAGGCCGACACCACGUACAAGUUUUACGUCCGAGGCGUCACGAAGGACGGCAUCAGCCGGCCAAGUCGAGGCGUGGAGCUGACGACCCAGCCCGAAGGAAGGCGGAGCCGCUUGCGGACUCGAGCCAGAAGCGAGGAGAACCUGUCCCGGGCACUCUCUCCGUCCGCUCAGAAAAAACGACUUUCCUUCAACUUCAAAGACUUCAUAAGUGACAGCGCACCCGGACUAACACGGAAGGACCCAGGGAUCAACAUGUCCGACGUGCUGAGGAACUACGUGUCUCCGUUCUUCAAGAAGGGACUGGUCAGUACCAUGGUCAAGAUCGGGUCCGAAGUGCGGUUUGAGUGCAGCAUUGGAGGGUUUCCUAACCCCAUGGUCAUCUGGGAGAAAGACGGCCGUGAGAUUCGGCAGGACUACAGACACAAACUGAUCCGGGAAAGCGAGGAGCUGUUCACACUUGUCAUCUUCAGGGCCCGCGCCGAGGAUUCUGGGACUUACGAAGUAGUAGCCACAAACGAGGCUGGCGAGCGACGCAGUUCAGCCACCCUCGGGGUCACCGAACUCGAGUCCGUUAACGAAGUCGGGAGCUCGCCCGUCCCCCCUCCCCGCAGGAGGGGACGGAUCAGCGCGCCCAUCUUCGGGGACGUGAGGGAGAAGGUCGGACAGUUCGAGCGGGGGGCGAAAAGGUACGAGAGCUUCCGGGAGCGGCGACAACCGACACCGCCCGAGGUUACCGAGUCCAACCUGCGCCGGUCACAGAGCACAGAGAUGCUGUCCCAUCACCAGCGGUCCAAAGUGAGCGCCCCGCUGUCCUGGCUCAAGAAGCAGCUGCGGUCAUCUCUGGCUGAUGACGAACUGAAAGACGAUAAGGAAGAACGCGAAUCAAAGCCGAGCAAGGCCCGAAGCUUCUUCGGCUCCCUUCGGAAGACUCACAGUACUAGCCGAUUCUAGGCCGAAGUGUGUUCGGAAGUUGACAUACUUCAAUCAAUUCUAGUUCACAUUAUCAUAUUACCAUGCUACGAAAUAAACAGAUGACAGAGCUGUGUGCUAUUUAUUUUAGCUCCUGUUGUACAUAAUUGGUGUUUAGAUUCUUUUUCAUGUACAGCCAUCCUUUACAUCUUAUUUACCAUUCCACAGGCCUCGUGACGUGUUUAACUGAGGGCUUAAUUUCCUUUUUGUUUAUUGUUAACUUGGGAAGCUAAAUGGAAAUUUAAGUGUCUCAAGAGAUAUAAGCAGUUAUAGCCCAGAACAUUGUUAGAGCUUGAGUAAUGGUUACGCUACGAAAGAACUGUGUUACAGACAUAACAUCUAGCUACUGCCAACUAUAAAAAGACUAACGAAGGACUUCUAGCAAUGCCUUAUAUAAGUAAUACCUCGAAGUCUUUAUUUUUCUUAACAUCAGCAUAUAAAUCAAACAUGUCAAUAUCAAUGUCAAAUACCAAUUCGUACAUGACAGUCUGGUGGCUUGAUGGCAUUAGAUGCAUAUGGCUGAAAAUAGAUACGAAACUAGACAGGUAACAUACUUACAAGCAAAUACAUAAUGUUUACCUUCACAUGGUCUAGCCUAGUACUGAUCUCUUCAAUUUUACUCAAAACUUAAAUGCUGAUAUUAUAUAUUAUAUGAUGAUAUCAUAUAUUACAUAGUGACCAGCCCUGGCAGCUCUGUCCUACCACUUGCUACAUAAUGUAAUUGGACACCACAGAGUGUCUGCUACUUUACCAGUUAACUAACAACUAGUGUUGCAAAGUGAACAUGUGAAAACAUGUCGAAUGUGUGGAAAUUGAAUGUUAACAUCCGAAGUAGAUGUUACAUGUACGAUGUGCUGCUAGAAGACGAAAUGUUAUAUAACAAUGUGCUAGUAUUUAUAUGUGGGAUCAAGUUAUAGGAUGAUUAUCUGGUAAAAGUUGGGGUAAGGUUUGAAUGAUAAAACUUUGGGGGCGAAUGGGUUGAAAGGACAUUUUAAAGAAAUAAAAGUGAACUAUUUUGCUGUAUAAUUGAA